AUGCCCGGUCCUAAGACUGUUGACCUCGUCACGAUCGCGGUCGACUCGAACCCUCUGCUUCACGAUCAGCUCCUAGCUGCUCACCAGCACCUGUCGCAUCCCCAACAACCGCGUCCGCAGGCCCCGGCGACCCAGCCGCCGCAUAUGCAGCCCAACACCGCCAGCCCGCGCGACCAAAACAACAUCGAUCCGGCUAUCUCGGGCUCCGCGAUCCUGGGUGCUCCUCCGCAGACCCCUCCUCAGCCCGAGCCCGCCCCCCAGGAGUCUCCCAAGACCUAUGGGAAGCGGCCGCUGUCCACCUCCAAGCGAGCUGCGCAGAACCGUGCCGCCCAGAGAGCCUUUCGUCAGCGGAAAGAAAGCUACAUCCGCAAACUAGAGGAACAGGUGAAGCACCAGGAAGCCAUCACCGAAGAGUACAAGGCGCUCCACGCCGAGAACUACCAGCUCCGGGAGUACAUUAUCAACCUGCAGACCCGUCUUCUGGAUUCCCAGGGCGAGGUUCCGGAGCUCCCGGGCAACAUCGAUUUGAACCAGCCUCGCGCCGACCUGACCCUGUCGGCGCCUGAGCUUCAGAGGGGGAAUGCCGCCUCCGCUGGCCCUGCGCCCGCUGGACCAGGGCCCCAGCAAUCCCAGCCCAAUCAGAACCAGGGGGUUGGGCCCAACGAUGACAUGAACUCGUUGAAUCGCAUCGCCGUGGCGGGUCUCGGCAUGCGCAAGCACCCCAACGAAGACGCCAACUACCUGGGCAACAACUUCCAGGCUCGGCGUCCGCGCACCGACGACAACCAGACGGGUGCGACGGAGACGACCAAGCAGGAGCCCGAUGGACUGCCGGUCGUGUCCUAG